AUAAGAUUCAACGGAAGUCUAGACGCUCCUUCCAUUUAUCGUGGCGCUCCUUCCCCAGAACUCGAUGCAGUUUGGCAUGAAAUAGCUGCCGAUGCGCGCCCAGUUCGUCUGACACAUGAUCAGCUACUCAGAACAGGUCAGAAACCUUCUCCAGCCAUGGCUGUAUAUCCAGACGAAUAUGGCGGAGGUUAUAUGGCGACGACUGAAGUCAUUCACAUGCUCCAUUGCAUAAACAUGCUUCGAAAAGUCACCUGGGGCGAUCAUUACAGAUCAUUUGAUUAUUCCAUCCACGACUCCCCCGAGGCAUUCCGCACUCAUCUCGACCACUGCAUUGAAAUGCUCAGGCAAGAUAUCAUGUGUCGUAGUGAUGUGACGGUGCUCACUUAUGACUGGGUGGAAGGAAUCGAAGAUCCUUUUCCUAACUUCAAUAUUCGUCACCAAUGCAGAAACUUCGAGAAGAUAUUGGAUUGGGUAGACGAGCAUCGUGUUGUUGUCCCUAAAUCCGACAUGGUCCGCUUGAAAGACACCAUUGACCUACCCUCCCCACCUUAA